UCCAGACAAAAAUCUAAGAGGAGAAAGACGAACUGAACAUGUCUAUACCAACAACAAUAAUGGAGCUGGAAAUUACUCCAGUAGAACUUGAGACACAAAAGGGUCCAAUAUCUACUACUGUUACUAUAAUUGAAACCUCCAAAAGUACUACACUAUCAGAACACUACAGUCAGAGAGAAAAAAAUAUAUGGAGGAAGGUCUUAGAUGUGAAGGAAGCCAAGAAACAGGCUUCUAUCUCUGUGCCUAUGGUCAUUACUAACUUAUCAUAUUACCUCAUCACAUUGGUGUCGGUGAUAUUUGCUAGUCGCUUUGGAGCACUGGAGCUUGCAGGAUCAACCUUGGCCAACUCUUGGGCAACUGUUACUGGAUUGGCACUCACGACAGGUCUGAGUGGAGCACUUGAGACUCUUUGUGGGCAAGCAUAUGGAGCAAAUAUUCACAGAAUGUUAGGAAUUUACUUACAAUCAUCGACAAUCAUAUCUUUCAUAUUCUCGGUUGUUGCAUCUAUUUCGUGGUUCUUCUCAGAACCCAUACUAAUUUUUCUUCAUCAAGAUCAUCAAGUAGCAAAAGUUGCCAGCAGCUAUUUGAAGUGCUUGAUUCCAGGACUGUUUGCAUAUGGUUUUUUACAAUGCAUCCUCAGAUUUCUCCAGACACAGAGCGUUGUUAAACCACUUAUUCUUUGUUCACUGGUUCCAUUGGGCAUCCAUAUUGGCCUAACAUAUCUAUUAGUUCACUGCACUCCUCUUGGUUUCAAAGGAGCACCAUUAGCAGCAGGACUAUCAUUAUGGCUAUCGGUUCUCAUGUUGGCUCUCUACCUGAAGUAUUCGGUGAAAUUCAAACAUACACUGGAAGGGCUUUCAAUGGAGUCCAUCCAUCAUUUGCUUCCCAACAUAAGGCUGGCCAUCUCUUCGGCAGUGAUGGUGUGCUUGGAGUUCGGUGUGUUUGAACUUCUGGUAUUACUCGCCGGAUUGAUGCCGAAUUCAGAAACCAGCACUGCACUAAUAGCAUUGUGUGUGAUCACAGAAACUGUCUCAUAUAUGAUAAUCUCUGGGCUGAGUGCAGCUGUGAGCACUCGCGUGUCAAAUGAGAUUGGGGCUGGAAAUAUCAAUCAUGCAAAGAAAGCCAUGAUAGUGACAGCAAAGCUCUCCGUUAUUCUUGCUCUAACAAUUAGUCUAUCUCUGAUCGUGGCUCACAAUCUAUGGGCCAGCCUCUUCAGUAAUAGCUCUUUAUUAAAGGAUGAAUUUGCUUCUAUCACCCCCUUACUCGCAAUUUCAAUGUUACUAGACUCAGCACAAGGAAUUUUGUCAGGGGUGGCUAGAGGAUGUGGUUGGCAGCAUUUGGGGGCAUUGACUAACUUUGCAGCCUUCUAUAUAGUUGGCACACCAAUUUCUGUCGUCCUUGGGUUUAAGGUCGGCCUACAAACAAAGGGCUUGUGGAUUGGAUUGAUUUGUGGCCUCUGUUUCCAAUGUUGUAUACUCUUAUUGAUUACAUUUUGUAGCAAGUGGACUCAAUUGAAGCUUUCGGAACAUUGACCGUGAAGACUAAUGUAGCUUACACAAACAAACAUCUCUCAGUUUUACCUAGGCACAUAAAUACCGACAAUCCAAAAACUAGCAAGAACAAUUUUCGGCAUGA